GUAGGGAAAGCAGGGCGGGUGUGGCGGGAAGGGAGGCUUGCGCGUGGUUGCCCCUCUUCGUAAAGACCUAGAAAGACUCCGUUCCCAGCCCUCAGCCCCAACACUGCUGGGAACGUGAACGAUAACGGAGUACGCUGCGGCGCCUCCCCGUCUUCCUGUGCCACGACAACUCCGUGGUGCCCCCCUGCUGCCACCUCUUCCGUAGGCUAGGCACUGUCCUUUAGAUCCUGCAGAGUGAGGAUUUAAACCCCAAGGUGAUGGCAAAACAUCUGAAGUUCAUUGCCAGGACUGUGAUGGUACAGGAAGGAAAUGUGGAAGGUGCAUACAGGACCCUAAACAGAAUUCUCACCAUGGAUGGGCUCAUUGAGGACAUUAAGCGACGGCGGUACUAUGAAAAGCCUUGUCGCCGACGACAGAGGGAAAGCUAUGAAACCUGCCGGCGGAUCUACAACAUGGAAAUGGCUCGCAAGAUCAACUUCUUGAUGCGAAAGAAUCGGGCAGACCCAUGGCAGGGCUGCUGAGGCCUGUGGAUUGUAGGCCCAGUAUGAAAAUCCCUUUCCAGCUGUCUCCUUCCUAUCUGAAACCUCAUUUUUUCUCCCCUUUUUUAUAAUAAUAAACUCAAUCACAUAUAUGCAAGAAGGCCUGCAUAUAUAGAAGUAAUCCCGUAGUUACCAAUGGACCCUCUCUUUUAUUAAGUGAAGGAGAAACUUGAGUCAAAAAGUAGUCUAGGAAUAGAAUGGUGAUUACCAAGGGCUAGUGGGGAGUGGGGAAUUACUGUUUAAUGGGUACAGAGUUUCAGAUGGGGAUGGUGAAAAAGUUCCAGAGACAGACAGUGGUGAUACACAACAAUGUGAAUGUACUUAAUGCACUUAAAUGGUUAAAAUGGCAAAUUUUGUGUAUGUUUAGCUAUAAUAUUUAAGUAGUCUAGGAGAGGUGAGAAGCUUUUCUAAAAUAUAGCAGAAUAGAUCUAUGAUUUUUUUACCCGAUUCUUACGAAACCCAAAUCAAGACCUUAUUAUUGGAAAAGCACCUGUUACUCUUCACUGAACUGUCCCUCCCCACCAACUGUUAGAUAAAAGGAGAGGAAGCAUGUAUGUAUUUGGAAUAAAUUUUGCUACUGAAAUACCCAUCGACCAGACUAGAGUGCCAGAAUCCUUGCCCAGAGGAAUCCUUAAGAUAAAUCUAACACUCCUGUGUCUGUCUUUCCCUUAGUUUUUCUAAAGGAGGAUAGUGGAGAAGAAUUAAAGCAGUAGGUGGAUGGUAGAAAAGAGGGAAUGGGAGAGUAUUAAGAGAUUAAGGGCAUAGAGCCAGAAAUAUCUACAGCAGUGAUAAUCAAAGUGUGGUCUUUGGAUCAGCAGUAUCAACAUCACCCAAAAAAUUAUUUGAAAUGCAAAUUCUGAGACCUACUUUAGACUUUAUGAAUUGGAAAUUAGGGUUAGAGCCCAGUAAUCUAGUUUAACAAGCCCUACAGGUGAUUCUGAUGCCUGCUCAAGUUGUAGAACCACUACCCCAUACUACUCAAAGUAAUUUCCAGGCAGAGAUCCCCACCAUCACUGCUACUUGUCAACACGCAUUCUUGGGUAUGUGAUCACUGUAGGAAGACUAGCUGCUCUGCUUGUUUCCUUUGGCCUUGGCCCCCUGACAGCCACGCUGCUAGUAAAGAGUUAGUGCCAAUCCCUGUAGGAGAAAUGCAGUGAGUAGGUGGAGCGACAAGCUCACUUCUCACCCAGGCUCCAGCCCUCAGUCUGGGGUUUAAAAAGGAAGUAAACUAAGUCCCUGGCUUCUCCAGAUUACUAGUGUUCAAACAUUGCCCCCUUGUGGUAAAGCAGCAUGAAAUCACAUUUCUCUAGUCUUAAUUUUAGUCUUCUCUCCCUUUCACAAUUACCAUAUUUCUUGAUUAGGCAGGCCUGCAAGAAGACGUGCUGGAACCACUGUUCCUUGUCUUGCAAGGCUUGAUCGUCUUCCCCUCAUCAGGCCCAUGGUGAAUAAAGCAUAGAAGUAGCUUAGAGAAGAUCUGGUCCUUGCCCUCCAGUAACUUGUGGUUGGAGAAAUUCUUUAUAGACUGUGUUCAGUUUUGUUAUUUUUGUACAACUUCAUUUUCAAGUUAUACAUUGGUACUUCUGAAUCCCUUUUCAGUCCCUGAAUUUGGUCUUUAAUAUAUGACUUUUGCGUGAUUUUGAGCCAUGGCAUUGUUUCACCUCCUGCCAAUUGCUGUUGCUAAAGAUUAAAGGCCUGACCUUGGCCAAAAUGGAAGGGUAUGUUUGUGACAGUAGAGCCAGGCCUGUUACUUGGCAGUGUUCCUCUGAGAUUACAGUUGCUUCUGAGCUCCCUCCAAAAUAUCAAGCGGCGGCUAAGAUCUGGAAUUUCCUUCAUCUCUAAAAUUAUCCUCUGCUUGUUCUAGUCAUUCAUCCUGACCAUUGUCCGUGUCCCCCAGAGCAGUGAACAGGGAGGUUUUAGCAGAUAGCCCCUUUGAAAGGCCUCAUGGAAAAGGGGUAACUGGCUGGCUGCCUGAAUUCCAGUCGGCUUGUGCUGUUGUGGCAGGGAGAAAGAUGUCCUUUCUGUUCUGAGAAGCUACAAGAUACCUCAUGGUCAUACAAUAAGUAGAAAAUUCCUUAAUCAUUUGUCCCUGGUGGGUUUAGGAAGGGUGGUUUGGGGUUUACCCAGUUACACAGUGAUAGAUACAACACCUACUAUCGUGAUCUUCAGCAUCUGUGACAUUUCCUAGAUGCCCACUGGAUUUGCUCUGGCAGGUUGAUUCUAAUCAUACAUAAUUUAAGAAUCAUAAAAUGUUUAGUGCUCUGGAAACAGGUAUCCAUUUAAAACUGGGACUCUGUUGUUUAACUCUAACAUUGUACUUUAAUGCUUUCGGAAGUGUACUAAGUAUGAAAUGAGAGUUUCCCUAUCUGUUGGCUGCAAACAUUGAGGAAUAGUAACUCACUGAAUAUUGACAAGGUAAAGUAAUAAUGGAGUGAUGUGUUCAAUGUAAGUAAUUGAAAGGAAAAUGUUGGAGCUUCCACUGUGUGCCAGUUAUCUUACAUAAGUAGUUUUUUACUUAGAUCUGGAUUUGAUCAUGACCUUAGCAAGUUAUUUAACAUAAAAUCUAGUUUUCCCUGUAAAAUGAGAAUAAUUGAAUAUACAGGUUUUUGGUGAGAAUUUAAUGAGAUCAUGAAUUUUAAGUACUCAGCAUGGUAUCUGGCACAUAGAACUCAAUAAAUGUUAGCAGUAAUCCCUCAGUUGUGCCAGACAGAAGCCUGAUCAUUGAUUCCUCCUCCACACUCAACCAUUGCUACAUCUACUUAAUCCCUGUUUUGAGGACUAAGUGCCACAACCCUAGUCCCAGCUACUGUCAUAACUCUUCUGAAUUACAACAGUCAUUUAACCAUUUUGCAUCAGUGUCACCUGGCCUUCAGUCCCUCCACCCUUAGGUCAGAAUGAUUCUUCAAAAAUGCAGCCUUGAUCAUUUCACUUUCCUGCUUAAGUAGGUAAUUGGUUCCCACUGUUUUCAAGAUAAAAUCCAAACUACUAGCAUGGCAUUUAAGGCCCUUCGUGACUGAGUCAUGCUUUUCAGAUUAGGCACUUGAUGCCCUCAAAUGCACUUCUGGGAUGUCCUGUUUUCUCUCCCUGCCUAUAUGGCAGCUCUCAGUUCUCUGAGAUGACUAACCUGAUCUCUUUACCAACUUUUCUUCUCUUGAAUUUAUCUUUAUAAGCUUACUAUUGUAAUAGUUUAUUUCUAUACUGUAUUGUGAUUUAUCGCUUAUUUGCCUUUCUCCCUCCAUUAUAUUUUCAGUUACGUGGGGGUAACUUUGUUGUUGUUUUUGAACCAGUAUAUUCCCAGUGCCCCAGUAUAAUGCCCAGUAUUUAAAUGCUCAAUAAAUACAUUUUUUUAAGAUUUUUUUUGAGAGAGAGCAUGCGAGGGGCAGAGGGAGAGAGAGACUGCAGAGUGUGGAGCCUAGAGUGGGGCUCUAGCUCACGAACUGUGAGAUCAUGAUCUGAUCCGAAGUUGGACGCUUAACUGACUGAGCCACCCAGGCAGCCCUUAAGAUUUCAAGCCACACCCAGGGUGAGGCAUGAACUUACAAGCCCAAGAUCAAGAGUCGCAGGCUCUACCAACCGAGCCAGGCAGGCACUCCAGCAUUCCAAAUUCUUUAUAUCCUCACCAACACUUGUUAUUUUCUGUUUUGUUUUUAAAAUUUUUUUGCUAGUAGUCCUUCUAAUGGGUCUGAGGUGAUACCUCAUUAUGGGUUUUUUUUUUUUACUUGUGGGUUUGGAUUUGCUUUUCUGUGAUGACUAAUGAUGUUGAACAUCUUUUCAUGUGUUUAUUGGCCAUUUGUAGAUCCUCUUUGCAGAAAUGUGUAUUCAAGUCCUUUACCCAUUUUUGAAUGUUUGUUUUUUGUAGUUGUUGAGUUAAAAGAGUUCUUUGUAUAUACUCUGGAUAUUAAUCACUUACCAGAUAUAUGACUCCUAAAUGUUUUCUCCCAUUCUGUGGGUUGUCUUUCUGCUCUCUUGAUAGUGUCCUUUGAUGCACAAAAGUUUUACAUUUUGAUGAAGUCCGAUUUAUCUAUUUUUUGUUGCAUGUGUUUUUGAUAUCAUAGCCAAGAAAUCAUUGCCAAAUUCAAUGUCUUGAAGAUUUUCCCCAAUGUUUUCUUCUAAGAGUUUUAUAGUUUCUGUCUGUAACUUUAGAUCUUUGAUCCAUUUUGUGUUGAUUUUUUAAUAUGAUGUGAAGAAGGGGCCCAACUUUAUUCUGUGCAUAUGGACACCCAGUUUUUUCUGUACCAUUUAUUCAACAGACUGCCUUUUCCUCAUUGAAUAGUCUUGGCACCCUUGUUAAAAACCCACCAGUCCAUAUAUGUGAGGUUUUUUCUCAACUGUCUAUUCUGUCUGUGGGUCUAUAUGCUGUCCUUAUAUGUGUCCUUAUGCCAGUACCACAAUAAUUGUUUUACACAUUAUAUUUAAUCCUCACAAUAUUCUUUUUACAUAGAGAUUCCUAUUCUCAAUCACCUGAAGGAAUCACACCUAGUACCUGGGAGACUAAGGAUUUGAACCCAUCUAAUUCCAAACAUUAGAAAUAAAAUCAGUUCCUAGAAAAACAUUUCCCUCUGGGGAAUUGAACCCAGACUGUUAAAAGCACUCAAACAGAAUAAACUUACAACUCUGCAGAGUUGGAAUCAUUAACCUA